AGAGCCGAAGACGUCGGCUCGGUCAUGUGAUCAGCUGUGUCCAAUCACAACUGAUCACAUGUAAACAGGGAAAUGCCGGUUAUCGGCAUUUCUCUCCCCACGAGCUGUCACACUGACAGCUCCAGUGUCGCCUGUCAGUGUCCAUCAGUGCCAGCUCUCAGUGCUCAUCCAUACCACCUGCCAGUGCCACAUCAGUGCCACAUUUCAGUGCCCAUCAGUGCCACACCAAUGCCACAUAUCAGUGCCCAUCUGAGCUGCCUUUUAGUGUCACUCAUCAGUGUCAGUCAGUGCCACCUAUCAAUGCCAGUCAGUGCCACCUAUCAGUGCUGCCGAUCAGUGCCGCCUAACAGUGUCAGUCAGUGCCACCUAACAGUGCCAGUCAGUGUCGCCUAUCAGUGUCAUUUAUAAGUGCUGCCUUUCAGUUCCCAUCAGUGAUGCCUGUCAAUGCCCAUCAGUGCCACCUACCAGUGCCUCCUCAUCAGUGCCACCUAUCAGUGUCCAUCAGUGCAGCCUAUCAG